GAGAAGGACGCAGUGUGGGCGGGUUAAGAAACGCCGAGAGGGAGGGGACGCCAGCGUAAUAUUCCCACCGUUAUUUCUCCUCCGUAGAGCCGAAAAACAAGGGCAUCCAUCGUCUCUUCGCCUUCCUCACACCUCAUCGCCUAGUCUAACGUCAAGCAUAAAUAUAUACCCUGUCAUUUCUCCCGCUGCUGUGUAGAGACUCCGUGCGUCCUUUCCUCUACCUGGAGGGUUGUUUUCAGCCUGCGGGGGGAUUGCCGAGCCGAGCGGCAGGGGCGUGAGAGGCGGAUGCUGCGAGCGUAGAGGCUGGGUACCAACCAGGAGCAUCACCGCAACUCACCACGAUGGACAGAAUGAAUUUUCUCUCCUUCUUCCUCCUUUGCUUGACUUCGGUUGCCAAUAGCAACAAAGCCAAUAAGCACAAGCCAUGGAUCGAGACAGAGUACCAGGGGAUUGUCAUGGAGAACGACAACACCGUGCUGCUCAAUCCCCCUCUCUUUGCCCUGGACAAAGAUGCUCCACUGCACUACGCUGGUGAAAUCUGUGGCUUCCGGGUUCAUAAUGGCCCCUCGGGUUCAGGCUCGGUCCAGUUUGAAGCGGUGGUUCUGGACCGGUCCACUGGAGAGGGCCUGGUCAGGUCUAAGGAGCCGCUGGACUGUGAGAGCCAGCGAGAGCACAGCUUCACCAUCCAGGCCUACGACUGCGGGGAGGGACCUGAUGGAGUCAACAGCAAGAAAUCCCAUAAGGCCACCGUGCAUGUUCGAGUAAACGACGUCAAUGAGUUCUCCCCUGUGUUUGUUGAGCGUCGCUACGAGGCGUCGGUCCCAGAAGGGCGUCUGUUUGACCGCAUUGUGCGUGUGGAGGCUCUGGAUGCCGACUGCUCCCCGCAGUACAGCCAGAUCUGCUUCUAUGACAUCAUCACUCCUAAUGUGCCCUUCGCUAUCGACAACGAUGGUAACAUUAAGAACACAGAGCCGUUGGAUUCCAAGCGUCAGCGGGUUCACACCUUCUGGGUGACUGCCUUUGACUGUGGAAAGAACCGUGCUCAGGCUGAUGCCCAGGUUGUCGUCACGGUCAAGCCGUCCUGCAAACCUGGCUGGAUUGGAUGGACCAAGCGUGUAGAGUACACACCUGGGUCAGGUAGCAUCCCUCUGUUCCCCAGCCUGCAUUUGGAGACCUGUGAGGAGACUGUGUGGAACAUCCAGGCCACCGUAGAGCUCCAGACCGGCCACAUCGGGAAGGGCUGCGACCGAGACAGCUACUCUGACAGAUCCGUGCGACGGCUGUGUGGUGCUGUCAGGGGUGAGGUAGACCUUCUCCCACCUCCAUCUCCUGCUGCCAACUGGACCUCAGCUCUGCCCACUCUCCCCUCCUCUGAUUCAUCUCUUGUCUUCUCCUUUAAUGGAUCCAACCACGUCGCCGUGGUGCCGGAUUCGGUUGUCUCGACCUUAUCGGGUGACCACUUCACCCUGCAGCUGUGGAUGCGAAGGGGUGGCGCCAACAUCCAGCCUGCGACCACUCAAACCAGAGGAAGUCGCAAGGAUGAAGAGACUAUUGUGUGCAGCACUGUCAAGAAUGAUGAUUCCUUCUCCCACUAUUCCCUCUCUGUCCACGGCUGCCGUCUCUCUCUCUUCUACUGGCCCGACGUCUCAGCCGCACGGCCCGUCAAGUUCUUGUGGAAACUGGAGCAGGUGUGUGACAGUGAGUGGCAUCAUCUUUCACUCAGCGUCCAGUUCCCCUCGGUGACACUGUAUGUUGAUGGUGUGACCUUCGACCCCGCCCUCAUUCAUGACAACGGAGCCAUCCCCAACCCUGCCCCCCGCCAGAGGAUGUUUAUCGGCGCCUGCUGGGAGCCUGAAGAGAAGCAGAAAGAAAUACUAAACAACACCAUCCCAGAGGGUAAAGACUCAGUGAAGUACGUGGGUGGUUACCACGGCCUGUUGUCCGGGGUGACGGUGCGUCCCGGCAGCGUGGAACCUCACAGUGUUGUGGAGUGUCUGUACGCCUGCAGGGAGGGCUUGGACUUCGGAGACCUGGAGACUCUGGGCUCUGGCAUGAAGGUUCAUGUGAACCCCAGCCAGUCAGUGUUGGUGCUGGAGGGAGAUGACAUCGAGAGCUUUAACCGUGCAGUGCAGCAGGUCACCUAUAGAAACUCUCUGCGCUUCGCCACCCCUGGAGUACGACCCCUCAAACUUACCACCUCGCUCAGAUGUUUCAACGAGGAGAGCUGCCUGUCCCUCAAGCAGCUGGAAGGAUACCUGGUGGUUCUCCAGCCUGACGCCCCUCAGAUCUCUCUGUCUGGGGUCGGCCCUCAUCUGGCUCGUCCUGCCCCUGAGUUUGAGGGUCCCCGUGGUGUCCCCCUUUUCCCCGAGCUCAGGAUCGUCUGUUCCUUGUCUCAUGCAGUCAACACGGCUGCACAGGGGAUGGAGGGUGGAGCUCUGAUGUCUGACGCUGUGGCUCACACUUUGGAUGGCUGUGAGGUCCAACCACUGGGGGAGGAGCUAAACCCAGAGAGGGAGGAGCUUCUGGUGGACAUGGAUGUUGUGCGAGAGAGGGGGCUGGAAAUCAUCAAUACUACUGCUUACAUUGCCAUUACAGGUGCCGAAUCCAUCUCUGUGUACGAGGACGUCCUUCGCUCUGUCCGCUACCGACUGGCCAAAGGCUCAGCCCGUUUCGAGAGGCGGUUCCGCCUGUCCUGCUCUGAGAUGAAUGGCAGAUACACCAGCAAUGAGUUGACUCUGGAGGUAAACUUCCUCCAUUCACUGGACAGUCUGUACCACCCAUCCCACCUGCUGGCCUCCCAACAGCAGUUUCUCCAUCCAUCCCACCACGCUGGAGAGCUGAGUGGACACACUCUGCCCAAUCCUCACCGCAACUCAGUGGUGCCAGGAGCAGCCACCGUCAUUAUAAUGGUGUGUGUUGGUUUCCUGGUUGUCAUGGUGAUUCUUGGUGUUUUCCGAAUUCGCUCCAUCCAUCGCCGUGGUGAGGAUUCAAGGGGCGGGGCUAAGGAGGGUAGCAGCCAAUGGGACGACUCUGCCCUCACCAUAAUUGUCAACCCCAUGGAGUCCUAUGAGACUCGUAUGGGCAUCUCUGCUGACACAGAGGGGGAGGGGGAGGGGGAGGAGGACGAGGAGGUAGCAGAGUCACCUGAAGAUGCCAGUGACGACCAGCGAAUCAUCAUCAAAAAGGAGGGGAGGGACAGCAAUGCCCGCCGCUACUGAGCCACAUGUGUCUCUGCACCAGGUCUCAUGGAAACUACAAACAGACUCACCAGUCACACACCACAACACUUUUAAUAUCAACGACUGCUGACACUACUAGUAUAAGGAAUGUAUGCUUACAAACACUACGCACAACACAGUCACUGUAAUACUUUAGACACUCAACGCCAUAUGUGACCUACAGCCAACAACGGGCAGUUGUUCACCACCUAAAUGUUCAAUGGCACAAUGUAUACAUUUAAUGUAAUUUAACCGCCUGAGCAAACCCCACAAAAAUCGUAUAUGGUGCACCAGUUCUAAAUCACAAGAUGGUAAUCUGUCUGUAUAGUGAAACACCGGUUGAAUGAUACUGCUUUUAUUUAAAAAAAAAAAGAAGAAAAAAAGAUUGUAUUCUAUCUUUUGUUAUUUAACACA